AUGGCCGCGCCCCCAGCGAUCCCGCGCCGCGGCCUCUUCAUCGGCGGCGGGUGGCGCGAGCCCACCCUGGGCCGCCGCAUCCCCGUCAUCAACCCGGCCACCGAGGACACCAUCGGCGACAUCCCGGCAGCCACCGCGGAGGACGUCGAGCUCGCCGUCGCGGCGGCGCGGUCCGCGUUCCUGCUCGACGGCGGGAGCCGCUGGGCGCGCGCUUCCGGGGCGACGCGGGCCAAGUAUCUGAACGCGAUCGCCGCUAAGGUGCCAAUCUCUUGUGUUUCUCUGAAUCUGAGGCCUGAAGUUAGAUGUAUACAUGUUCACAGAAAAGUUAGACGCAUGCACGGAGUUGCCGAGGCACCAUUAUCUCAUCGCCGUAUUAAAGAAAAGAUAUCGUAUCUGGCAUGGCUGGAGACAGUUGAUUCUGGAAAGCCCAAGGAUGAAGCAGUUGCGGACAUGGACGAUGUCGCUGCAUGCUUUGAGUUCUAUGCUGGUCUGGCUGAAGCCUUAGAUGGUAAACAACAUGCGCCAAUCUCUCUGCCCAUGGAAGAAUUCAAGACCUAUGUUCUUAAAGAACCCAUCGGGGUUGUUGGACUCAUCACUCCCUGGAACUAUCCUCUGUUGAUGGCUACUUGGAAGGUUGCACCUGCCCUGGCUGCUGGGUGUACAGCUGUGUUAAAACCAUCUGAGCUGGCUUCUCUAACUUGCUUAGAGCUCGGCGCAAUAUGUGAAGAGAUAGGACUGCCUUCAGGAGUUCUGAACAUAAUUACUGGUCUGGGCCCUGAUGCUGGUGCUCCAAUAGCUUCACAUCCCCAUGUGGAUAAGAUUGCUUUUACAGGAAGUACCGCAACUGGUAAGACGAUAAUGACCGCUGCUGCCCAAAUGGUUAAGCCUGUUUCAUUAGAGCUUGGUGGCAAAAGUCCUCUUGUUAUCUUUGAUGAUGUUGCUGACAUUGACAAAGCUGUUGAAUGGGCCGUGUUUGGUUGUUUUUUCAAUAGUGGUCAAGUUUGCAGUGCAACUUCUCGUCUACUUCUCCAUGAGAAAAUUGCAGAGCGAUUUUUAGAUAGACUAGUUGAAUGGGCAAAGAACAUAAAAAUCUCAGACCCACUGGAAGAAGGUUGCAGGCUGGGUUCAGUCAUCAGUAAAGGGCAGUAUGAAAAGAUUAAGAAGUUCAUCUCGACAGCAAGAAGUGAAGGUGCUACAAUUUUGCAUGGUGGUGACCGACCAAAGCAUCUCGGAAAAGGGUUCUUUAUUGAACCUACAAUUAUAACAGACGUUAGCACAUCAAUGCAAAUUUGGAGAGAGGAAGUCUUUGGACCAGUCAUCUGUGUCAAAGUAUUCAAGACAGAGAGUGAAGCUGUAGAGCUUGCAAAUGAUACCCACUAUGGCUUGGCUGGUGGUGUGAUCUCUGAUGAUCUACAGAGGUGUGAGCGCAUUGCAAAGGUUAUUCACUCAGGCAUUGUUUGGAUAAACUGCUCGCAACCGACCCUGGUUCAAGCUCCGUGGGGAGGGAACAAGCGGAGCGGUUUUGGCCGGGAGCUAGGAGAAUGGGGCCUCGAGAACUACUUGAGCGUGAAGCAAGUCACCAGGUACUGCAAAGAUGAGCUAUACGGAUGGUACCAGCGCCCAUCCAAGCUGUAG